AUGUUCUUCAGUCUCGGACAUUCUACCAUCGUCAUCAUCACGUCGCUCAUCGUUGCAGGAACUGCAGCGGCUGUGUCAGACAAGUUUGACAAUUUCGAGCGUGUCGGUGGCAUCAUCGGCACUUCUGUCUCUGCUGCUUUCUUGUUGCUCCUUGGUCUUAUGAACAUCUACAUUCUGUACAAGCUCAUAGUACAGAUGCGAAAGAUGGUUUCGAGCGACCCUGGUAGUGAGCACGAACAGUUCAAGAUACAGGGCGGCGGUUGCCUCUUCCCGAUAUUGCAGAAGCUCUUCAAGUUGGUCGACCGACCCUGGAAGAUGUAUCCUCUGGGUGUACUUUUCGGGCUAGGUUUCGACACUUCUUCCGAGAUCGCUAUCCUAGGAAUAAGUUCGAUUCAAGCCACGAAGGGGACAUCAAUUUGGCUGAUCUUGAUCUUUCCACUGCUCUUCACAGCAGGCAUGUGCCUUCUCGAUACCACCGAUGGUGCGCUGAUGAUGAGUCUGUACACAAGCACGCAACUUGCGCGCGACCCGAUCGCCAUUUGCUACUACAGCAUUGUGCUAACAGUCAUUACCGUGGUUGUCGCGACCAUCAUCGGGACAGUGCAGUUCCUCAAUCUGGUGCUCAACGUUGCCGAGCCGCAUGGCAAGUUUUGGGAAGGCGUCGAAAAGCUGGGCGAUGCUUGGGAUAUAGUUGGCGGAGCUAUAUGCGGUACAUUUAUCGUUUUCGGUGGUCUCAGUGUUCUGCUGUACAAGCCUUGGAGACGUCGCAUCGAUAGGAAAAGAGUCAACAAUGCGCACUUUGAGCCAUUACCCCAGGAAAAUGAUGUGCCCGGCUCCGACGAAGAGCACAACCGAGGGAUCGUCCCAUCGAGUACGACACAGACAAAAGCGGUGGAGGUGAACAUCGAGCCAGUAGAAGCCAUAGGCGCUGGUCCUGCACGUUGUUGA